CCUGGGCAGAAAAGGAAUUCGCUCGACCGGGGUGGUGGUUUACCUACUGCUGGGUGUUUCUGAGGGCAAAGACCAGUCCAGAGAGCAGCUCUAACCCGCAGAGGGUUCAUCAAACCCAGCUCCCCCGCGGACCAUGAGCGGGUCCUGAGACCGGAGCGGAGCAGCUUUCCCCCCCGUGUUUAUUCUCACCAUGACCGGCUGAUCUUGCCGACCCCGACCAUGGAGAUGCGACAGCGGCUUUCCGCGUGCUGGGAGCGCUUUACCGGCUGUUUCCACAAGUCCUCCCCCGGGAAGCGGGCGGACAUAGUGAUAGUGAACCCGGGGACCGGGGACGGGGACCGGUCCUCCCCCAGCCCGGCCCCCGCUCCAGCCCCGGCCCUGGCCAGACCCCUGCCCUCGCCCCCCCCCGGGGGGGACCUGUACGUGGCCCUAUAUGACUACUCGGCCCGCACCGAGCAGGACCUGAGCUUCUCCGCCGGGGACCGGCUGCAGGCGCUGGACUGCAGCGCCGGGGACUGGUGGUUCGCCCGGGGGGUGACCGGGGUGUCGGCCCAGCAGCAGGGAUACAUCCCCGCCAACUACGUGGCGCCCGUGGAGAGCAUCGACGCAGAACCGUGGUAUUUCGCAGACACAAAGAGGGUGGAUGCUGAGAAGAUGCUGAUGGCCGACGGGAACCUGCAUGGAGCCUUCCUCAUCAGACAACGGGAGAGUGAGAAGGGACAGCUCUCCCUUUCAGUGCUGGAUGAUGGAAUAGUGAAGCAUUACAGGCUGAGAAAGACUGAUAAUGGUCAGUACUUCGUGACCAGGCAGCAGUCGUUUUUAACCCUGAAGGAGUUGGUGGAAUACUACUCCAAACAGGCUGCCGGCCUCUGCGUGCGUCUGGGUGAACCGUGCAAGAAGACGCUGCAGAUGGAAGCCCCCCAGACCUACGGCCUGUCCUACAACACCGUGGACCACUGGGAGAUUGACCGCAAGUCCAUCAAGCUGCUGAAGAAGCUGGGAGCCGGGCAGUUUGGAGAAGUGUUCGAGGGCCUCUGGAACGACACCACGCCCGUAGCAGUGAAGACCCUCAAAGCCGGUACGAUGGCCUCGGACGACUUCCUGAGAGAGGCUCAGAUCAUGAAGAGGCUGCGGCACGGGAAGCUGAUCCAGCUGUACGCCGUCUGCACGCUGCAGGAGCCCAUCUACAUCAUCACGGAGCUGAUGAAGAACGGCAGCCUGCUGGGCUAUCUCCAGAAGGACAAGGGCGCCACGUUGAGUCUCUCAGACCAGAUAGAGAUGGCGGCCCAGGUGGCCUCAGGCAUGGCUUAUCUGGAGCUGCAGAACUACAUCCACAGAGAUCUGGCGGCCAGGAACGUGCUGGUGGGGGAAAACAACAUCUGCAAGGUGGCCGACUUCGGCCUGGCCAGGGUUUUCAUGAAAGAAAACGAAGACGUGUAUGAGGCUAAAGAAGGAACUAAAUUCCCUGUUAAGUGGACGGCUCCUGAAGCCAUGCACGAGAACCGCUUCAGCAUCAAAUCUGACGUCUGGUCCUUCGGGGUCUUGCUGUACGAGAUCGUGACGUUCGGCCAGAUGCCUUACCCAGACCUGACGAACAUGCAGGUGGCCCAGAAGAUCACGCAGGGCUACCGGAUGUCGUGUCCCGCCAACUGCCCCAAAAUCCUCUACGCUGUCAUGGAAGACUGUUGGAGAGAAAACGAGAAGGACCGGCCCACGUUUGAAACGCUCCAAUGGAAGCUGGAGGAGUUCUUCGACAUGGACGUAAGCUCCUACGAUGACGCCGCGCGCUACUAGAACCGCCCAGGCUCCAGCUGGAAGUAUUAAACGCCGUCUAAAGAAAAUCACUCAAAUUAACAACGGUGGCAAAUGUAAUUCUAAAUUUCACUUGUGUUAAAAAAGAAGGAUGUUGACUCUUGACACGCAGAGAUGCCUGUCACCACGGUGACAGUGGAUUCCAACGUGCCUACUCAUGACUUGUUGGGCGCUCCGUCAGACGGAUGGCACGUCCUGGUAAUCUGGAGCGACCGGCUGCUCCGGUUUUAAAGCACGCAUUCUCCCCGGAGUAAGACUCAGGUCUAUUUAAGAGCUAUCAAGCAGCUCUUUUUUGUUUUGUUUUUAAGUUCUGCUGUCUUGGAAAGAAACCGGUCCUCCACCAGAGUCUCAAACUACCAAAUGUGUUCAAAGGUUUUGUGGAAAGAGAUGAGACCCGUGUUCCCAAAUGUGCAACAUGGAUGCCGAAUCAUGCAAAAAAAUGUGUUUCAGGGGUUAAAUGAUGCUUUUUAAAAAGGAAAAAACCUAAAGGACAUGGCUUGUUUUACUAAUGAAAGGUGGAGUGAAAUGAACACUGAUUGUGGCCCAGACACUUCAGCCUUAUUAUUGUCCACACUUUGGAAAUCCUUGUACUGUUGUUUUGUUUUCUGAUCUCCAAAUGUUCGACUCACAGGAAUGUUUCCCCUCACACCUCCCUCACUGAACACGUUUUUCCCGGCCGUGCACAGCGUGAUGACGCGAGUGUGAUCUCAGUUCUGUGGGAGGAACACGGUGCUUUCACUGCCGCUCCAACCCAAACGUCUGACAGCCCGACUGGUCCAGCCUGGUACUUUCUCAUGAUCUGUUGUGUGUUUUAUGUGAUGAACAAGUUUUGUUUUUGUUUAAUUGUAUAUUAGAACCAUGAAAGUGUUUAUAUUGAAUCUCAUUGUAUUUUAACUUAAUUAUCCAGCAUGAUUAAAUGAAUUUUCAUGUAG